UACUUACAAUGAUUGUCAAAUUAGGAAAAUGUCCACUUACAUUCUCUUUGGUCUCUUAAUGUUAUAAAGCGAUAGCGUAAUUGCUUAAAUCUUUUGUAUUUUGUAUUUGUGUCAUGGCUUUGAUGAUUUUUCUAGUAUUAUUAACAAAAAUUACAAUCGGUAUUUGUGUUACACCUAAACCAAUACCUCUGAAUUAUGGAAAUUAUUCUCUAUACACCACGGUACCAACAGAAGCUCAUCAGUUGAAAUUUUUGCAAAAUUUGGAAACGGAGAAGUAUUUGGAUGUGAUAUACUGGAAGAGGCCUGUGAAACUUUACUAUGACGUCCAUAUGUUGAUCCAUAAUACGGAAACCGAAAUGUUCUUAGAACGAGCAAAGCAUUACAAUUUAGCUGUCAAAAUGAACCUAUAUGAUGUACAAGAAGCUUUCAAAAACCAAACAAUAAGACAAUAUGUACGCUUGAGAGAGAAUUCUUUUAACUUUGAUAACUACCACUCUAUAGAAGACAUCUACCAAUGGCUGACAGAUAUGUCUACAAAACACAAAAACUGUGUACUUUUAUCUAUCGGGAAGUCAGUAGAAGGAAGAGACAUAUUUGUGAUGUCAUUUAAAAAUGGUGUGAAGAAAAAUGUGAUUAUAGAAGCUGGAAUACAUGGAAACGAAUGGAUUGCUAUAGAGUUUGCUUUGUAUUUGAUCGACAAACUUAUCCAAGAAAAGGCAUUUACGCAGGCGAAAAAGUUUAACUGGUACAUUAUACCAAUUUUGAACCCAGACGGUUUCGCUUACAGUCAUACUACGGAUCGUCUAUGGAGGAAAAAUAGAAGACCGAUUGGCAAGGAAUUUGGUGUUGAUCUGAAUAGAAAUUUCAACUAUAAUUUUAGGGCGUAUUCAUCUAGCAUAGAUCCAAGAGACGAUGAAUAUUGCGGGCCUGAGCCAUUUUCGGAGCCCGAAACACUAGCCCUCAAGAAUUUUUUGAGGACCCUAAAAACAAUAAAAUAUUACUUCUCUUUCCAUGCAUACGGCCAAGCCAUCAUCAUACCGUACGGAGACAGAGUAAAGCAUAUGGGAGAUUAUUCAGAAAUGGAAAAUUAUGGUAAACAGGCCAUAAUUAAAAUGUUCGCAGCGAAUAGAUCGAAAUAUACCAUUGGAACGAUUUAUGACACAAUGGGUGUAAAAAUAUCAGGCAAUAGUGCAAGUUGGGUCAAGAGGGUUUACAGAGCCAAAUACGUGAUGACGUUUAUGAUGCGCGACAACGGGACGUAUGGUCACGCUCUCCCGGCAGACCAGAUCGAAGCAACAUGCAACGAAACUUUAGCAGGACUCCAAACUGUAAUGACAGCACAAGCUAGAUACGUGCCAACCAACUUAUUUGGCUCUAGUACCAGCCUAAAUAAUAAUUUACUUACAUUUUUUUGUACUCUAGCGGCCAUAGCUAUAUUUGUGGUUAAAUUGUAGUCAAUUGCUCAAAUUAUAGCUUGCCUCGUGUUCUAUCUGGGCUGCGAACUGCGACGCGACGCGAAGCUUUGCGUUUAGAUUACUGCAUGUGACAAUGCAAGCUAUGCUUGAAACAAUCCUGAUGUUGUCGCAUCGCAGCGGGUCGCACUGUAAGCGUUGCUCAGUUAGGAUGUCAAGUGAUAAGUUAUUACUUUUCUUUUCAAUUGAGAUGUUGUAUAUUCAGAUAUCAUUAAGAAUAAAUUGACGGCAGU